AUGAAUUUCAACUCAAGUGGUGUAAAAAUUACCAAUGAUCAACUCAAAGCUAUAGAUGAGUAUGAGGAGUAUAGAAGGAUUGUUGGAGAGGAUGAUGGUGGUAAGCUAUUCACUCCUGAGCAAUAUGAAGCCUACAAAACGAAGUAUAUACCACUGAGACGUCAAAACAGGAUUUUUGUUUCCUGGACGAAUCCAAAUGGUGUGGAUUGCAUACUUCCUGGUCCACAAAGUGAAUGCUUUUGUCAGCAUCGCCUUAUACAACAUAAAACAGAUUUUGAAACGGUACCUACAGAACGUCCUAUACCUUUACCAUGUAAACACUGUAAAUGUUCAAGUUUUCAUGUGAUGCCAAAGUUUGGAAGUCAAAUAGCCCGUUGUCAUUGUAAACAUUAUGCUACAGAUCAUAGUAUGUCGACAACUGUAUUCGAUCAUUCAUAUGUUGUGUACUACAAGAAUGGUAUAGAAUUUUACCAUAAUUGUCAGUCAGAAUGUUGGGGAAUUGCAUUGUUUUGUGAAUAUUCACUGGAACACAAAAGUUGUUCGAAUUCUUCUCACAUACUGACACUCAAGCAGCAUGUAGACUUAUUCACUCUUCAGGUAAAAUAUUCGACAUCAACAAUGUCUACAAACAAGUGUAUUGUAAGAAUGGAAUUUGAAAAUGGAUAG